AAUCUCAUCAAUCUACUUUAACCCGCAUCCUUGAUAGUCCUCGCUUUUCGUCUUCCGGUUACACCUACAUCAAACGGCAGGGAGAAGCGUCGAAUCUGUAGGCACACAGAGGGUGGGGCAGAAAAAGUGAAGGGGUUGGCCGUGGCGGCGAUGGCGGCCGAGGUGGAGGUGCUGGAGGGGACGGUGCUGAACAUCUUGGAACAGGAGACGUUGAAGUGGGUGUUCGUGGGCGGGAAGGGCGGCGUGGGGAAGACGACCUGCAGCUCCAUCCUCUCCAUCCUCCUCGCGCAGGUCCGCCAGUCCGUCCUCGUCAUCUCCACCGACCCCGCCCACAACCUCAGCGACGCCUUCCAGCAGCGCUUCACCAAGAUCCCCACCCUUGUCCACGGCUUCUCCAACCUCUACGCCAUGGAGGUGGAUCCGAAGAUGGAGGAGGACAAUUUAUCUGACGAGGGGCUCGAGGGGUUUCUAUCGGAGCUGACAAAUGCGAUCCCUGGAGUUGAUGAGGCCAUGAGCUUUGCUGAAAUGCUAAAAUUAGUUCAAACAAUGGAUUACUCAGUUAUAGUGUUCGAUACUGCUCCAACUGGUCACACUCUACGAUUGUUGCAAUUCCCAUCAACUUUAGAGAAGGGUUUGGAGAAAGUAAUGGCUCUGAAAAACAGAUUUGGUGGCAUUUUUAGCCAGGCUACUCGUCUUUUUGGUCUUGGUGAUGAGUUCAAUGAGGAUGCAAUGCUGGGAAAGUUGGAGGGUAUGAAGGAUGUGAUUGAGCAAGUAAACAAACAAUUUAAGGAUCCAGAUUUGACAACAUUUGUGUGCGUUUGCAUUCCAGAGUUUCUCUCUCUCUAUGAAACAGAGAGGUUGGUGCAAGAACUAACAAAGUUUGAGAUCGAUGCCCAUAAUAUUAUUAUUAAUCAAGUAAUUUUUGAUGAGGAAGCUGUUGAAUCCAAAUUACUGAAAGCACGAAUAAAGAUGCAACAAAAAUACAUUGACCAGUUCUACCUGUUGUACGAUGACUUCCAUAUCACCAAAUUGCCAUUACUUCCGGAAGAGGUCUGUGGGGUUGAAGCUCUUAAAAAGCUCUCUCAUCACUUUGUUACACCAUAUAAGCCUUCCCUCACCAGGGGCACUGUGGAGGAAGUGCAACAGAGAAUAUCUACACUGAGGUUACAGCUCGAGGAAGCUGAAUUGGAGCUAGAGAGACUGCAGAAGGGCAAAGAAGAGGCCUGAUUGUGCUUCCUAAUGAGUCAGUCAGGCUAUAGGUGCUUGAAUCUCUUUCAAAGAUCAACAGAAAAUGGUUGACGAGUAUUUCCCAAAGCCAUUGCAGUCGAGAUUAUCCCCUACUCGUUACAGGUAAGUUCAUCAGACUUGCCUGGAACUUUUCUUGCUCUCAUUUCUUGUUUUUGGACUCAUGUAAUCUCGGCACAAAUAUAUAGUACGAUUUUCUAUGAUAACCUUAUUGCAGUUGUUCACAAGUAGUGUCCAUUAGAAUGUGAUGUGAUGGUUACAACAUAUUGAUAAGCAUAUUUUUAUUGCUUGAA